AUGCUUUCAACGUCUAAACCUCAAAGUCAGCGGAAGCUGGACGAAACAGCUAGCAGUCGCUGCUGCGCGGACACAGGAGAGCUUCUUUGUUACCGACUACCCCCACUCUUCGCCAGGCAGUCGCUAUUCAGGUUAAGGUUUUGCCAGCAGCUUAUGAACAGGGCAAUUAGUGAGGCCAUCGAGAACAAAGCCAGUUUCAGACACAUUGAAGAGCCAUCUGGCGGCAUCAAGGAUCUGACGGCUCCUUUUAAAGAAUACCCUGCUGGAGAUGGAGAGUAA